CUCCUACAGAGAGACUUCUAAGAGAUGCAAAAAAACUUCUCUUCAAAAUCUGUGCUUUUCUGGGAUGCAGAAGGUGAAAGUCUCCAGACUUGCAAUAUGAUCAAAACAACCUAAUAUCUACAGAGCAGAAGUAGAAGCCCUGAUCCAAUAAAAGCAGUAGCAAUGAGAGCUGCUCCAACAAAGCGUCUGCUCUCAGUCUGGAGAAUGCCAUCAGCUUCAAGAAAAACAAGUGGGGAAUAAGAUGUUACCUAAUUGCAUACGAUCCUCCCUCUGCCUUUCAUUUUCACAGCUGGAAAGGCAACUAGUACUGCAGAACCUGAUGAGAGAGCGACAAACAGCCAUGCAGAUUGCUUGGUCACGAGAAUUUCUCAAAUAUUUUGGGACAUUUUUUGGACUUGCUGCUGUAGUUUUAACAACUGGAGCAGUAAAAAGGAAGAACCCAGCAGUUUUACUGCCAAUACUUCCCUUAAGCUUUGUAUUUAGCUAUCAAUAUGAUAUGGGAUAUGGGACACUGUUGCAAAGGAUUAAAGGUGAAGCAGAGAACAUACUUGACACACAGAGCGCUUUGCUAGAAUUGCCAAAAGGACCUAUCACAUUUGAAGACUUGGAGAAAGUCAGAAUAUCUCAGAACAAUUUCUUCAUAGAAAAAUAGAAAGAUGGUAUUAAAGCUACAUAGCUGAAAAGUGAUUAUAGUACUGCAUUUAAACAUAAAUAAAUAAUUAAAGUUUUGAUAAGAUUAUGAGCUCAUAUAAAAUCAAAAUUUAAUUUUUAAGAAUUAGUACUUUCUAAAGCAAUUGGUUUCAUGUUAUGUGUAUCUCUUAAAAAUAUUAAUUAUUCUGUGGUAUAUUUUCCUUGUUUGUAGUGAAAUACUGAAUUUGCAUUGACUGUUCAGAGUCUGAAAAUAACUUCCACCUGUAGUAAAAAUGUCUGGUACUGACCAAACUCAGUAUAAUCAAUAAAGAUGUGGUAAUUGGUGGUUAUGAGUUUGUAUAACUAUAUAAAUUUUAUAAAUAAAUAUGUACAGUUUUCAAAUAUAUUUCAGGAUACACAGCUCAAUUUGAAGUCAUGAGCAGGCAGUCAGUUUCUUUGAAAAAUAAGACACUUUUUAUUUGCUGUUCAUUAGGCAGUGAACUCACCAUCUCUGCUUCAAAUUCUAGAAUAAACAGCUUUUAUCCGAAGUAGGUUCAGAAGUAAACACAUAACUUGCUAACUGUGUCUUUUACUCUUGGGGAAAACUGUGUUAAAGCAUGAGCAGAGAUAGUUUCUGAAGAAGAGGAAACAAAUUAUGUAGCUAUUUUCUGAAUCUUUUUCAUGCUUGUUCAACAUUCUGAAACUCAGGAUAAUUUGUUUUUUGGUAAUUGAAAUCAGAGUUUCACUACUAUGAUGAAUAUUAACUUAGGCUAACAGCAAGCAAAAUUAUUAAUGUAUGUUUUUGUAGUGAGUAGAUCCAAGUGGCCUUACAAGUACUGAAAAGCUGAGAAAUUUUAUGCAUGCCUUUACUCUAGCAUGGCACAUACCAAGAAUGUAGUUUUGGUAUACUUUAAUGUUCUUAUGUCACACUUGGAAAAAAAUGAAUAUUUCUGUAUUGGAAAUCUUGUUUAGAAACAGAUUAUUUUGUGUUUUGGAUGGAAAUUCUUCUAGCAUUAAUCUAAUUGUGGAAGGAAAAACAAAUGCUCAAAAAGCAUUCAAAAAUUAAUUAAGAUGUAGUCUGUACUGACAAUUUGUUGACUUAAAAAUUAAGUUCCAGCUGGAGAUAAUGCCCCAACUAUGCUUUUGAAGACUACUUAACUGAAGUUAGAAUAUUGUUACCAUAAGACAAGGCAAAUAUAUAAUGAAACAAAAGCUUCUCAAUAUAGAAGAAAUUAAUAGCACAGUUUCCACAGUUUGCCUUCUGAAAGUGCAUUCACUUCUGCGUCAUCACUUCUGUAAUUGGUUCUGUCCUCUACAUGUUAAUAAUGCGUGCAGUCUGUAACUGAUUUUAAAUGUCAUGUUUUGAUAGUCAGUGUAAUAAAAUGAACACAAGUACUCCACUUUCUUGUUUGAGUAACAGAGUGUUCCCUAUGUUUUCCCCAAGUUCUGAAGUCCACCUUCCUUUAGUUUUGAAGAAGUAUUGCAUAUCUGUCAUCUAUUGGUAGUCUUUCUUCCAAAAAAAGAAAAACAAUUUAACUGGUCUUUUUGGGUAUUUCUAUGUGUCCAUCUGUGUCUUUUAGCCCAUGUUUUAAUCCUAUGAAAGACAGUUUUCACAAGAGAAUUGAAUGGUAUAACUUCCUUCAGAGGACAAUGAAAGAAAACAGGAGCUCAUCAGGGACAAGGUUUACUUUGGGAAGAUAAAUGUUGACGGCACAAGUUGCCUAAUCAUCGUAUUUGUUAAAGAAAUAAAUAAAGCACCUAAACCAUC